AUUGUUGCUCUGCCUCACUCAUCACUCAAACACUCUCUGAGCUGGUACAUAUCCUGGAGCCGGGGGAUCUACAAAAGUUCAUCAUCAGUAUUCCUGCCUCUCUGCUUAUUGGAGCCUGUUUGACUCAUCAUGAAGGAAAGGAGACUCACGCAGCCUUUUGUCGCGAGGUGUAAACUCGUGCUGGUCGGGGACGUCCAAUGCGGUAAAACAGCGAUGUCACAGGUCCUGGCUAAGGACUGCUUUCCAGAGACUUAUGUCCCCACUGUGUUUGAGAACUACACAGCCUGUCUGGAGCUUGAAGACCAGCGUGUGGAGCUCAGCCUUUGGGACACAUCAGGUUCUCCAUACUACAACAACGUCAGACCCCUCUGCUACAGCAACUCAGAUGCAGUGCUCUUAUGCUUCGACAUCAGCCGACCGGAUAUUGUAGACAGCGCUCUAAAGAAGUGGAAAGCAGAAAUCCAAGACUUCUGUCCCAGCACACGGAUCUUACUAAUAGGCUGCAAGACAGACCUGCGAACGGACGUAUGUACACGCAUGGAGCUAUCCAAUCAGAAACAGACACCCAUCUCCCAUGAACAGGGCUUGUCCUUGGCGAAGCAGCACGGAGCAGAGACGUACCUGGAGUGCUCUGCCUUCACAUCAGAGAAGAGCAUCCACAGUGUUUUCCGUACUGCGGCUGCGGCCUGCGUCAGCAAAGUCCAGCCUGCCAAUACACCCAGCCCCGUCCUCAGCCUCUCCAAGAGACUCCUACACCUGCCAAGCAAGACAGAGCUCCUCUCCUCCACCUUCAGCAAGGACAAGUCCAAGAGCUGCUCCAUCAUGUGAAUGCUGCUGAAAUUAAAACAAGGAAAGGAGCAAGGACAAGCAGGGGGUUUAUCUGGGGUCGAGGGUGUGCAAGGGAAAGAGUCCAAAGUCUCUCUUUCCUUUACAGCAGGGGUAUUCAACUAAAAUUCAAAGAGGUCCAGUAAGGGAAAAUUUCUUGAAGCAAAGGUCCGAGAGGUCAGUGAUGGGCUCGGGGGGGAUGCUGCCUACAAAUUGCCCACUCUGGUGACCUUUUUAUUGGAAGAUGCAUGGAAGAAGUGCCUUCUGGAUGCCCCCCCAAAUGCGUUUCACGUUGGUUCUUUCGAUAGGUGAAACGGUUUCUGAACAUAUGAGAUAUGCUGGUUUCGUGCUCCUAGUGGGAAGUAUGCACAGAAAUGAGUCUGUCCAUUCUGAAUUAAAUGCUCUGUUUUUGCUGCGCACUUUUCUUUUCUGGAGAGGGACAUUUGUUCCUUGUUUUCAAAACUUUCUCCAGCGCAGUCCUCUGUAUCACUCCCUUUGUUUCUCUAACUUUAUCGCCAUCUUUCUUUUUCGUUCCACUGUCUUUUCCCAUGUAACUUGCCUCUAACUCUCUCAUCUGUCUGAUCUGUAUAGUCGUAAUGUUUACUGCCUGGAAUGCACAGACUUGAUUGGCUGAGUAGUAUCACGUGGGAUGGCUUAACUCGCAUGCAAUUGGUCCGUAUGUUUCCUCAUCUGCUUAACCACUACUGUAAAGAUUACAAAAGCUGCCCCCGUUAAAAGAGAAGCGCCCUUCAGAUUUUACAUAAGAACACUGUGUUUUGGCUGUAGGUCCAGGUCCGUAUGGGACGACUUCUGGGUCUGGACCCGGACCGCGGUCCGCCAGUUAUGGCCCUUUUUCAGUACACAGUUCCAGCCCUACUUAACUUCACUUGGCUCUACUCGAGUUGAGUCUACUCGGUUUGGGUACUUUUUCCCACCAGCCCGAGUGGAGUCUCAUGGUGGGCGGGGUCGUCAUAAUAUAGCUGCGUGAAACUGCGUUCACAACAUUUUGAACGCGACACAAACAUAACAAACACAAACAAUGGAAGACAUGGAGGCAAUGGUAUACUUGCUAACCCUAACUUCGUCAACGGACCACGGAGAAACUUUGCGUGCAGAUAUUAUACAAUACUGAUGUUGUUUUUAAAAAAAUGGUGGGUUUGAUUCCUGUGGUGCGCGUCGCGCUCAUGACUCUUUGGUGACGACAUUCUCUGACCAAUCAGUGGCGGAUAGUUCGUCGAUGUCACCUUUUAGUAUCGACUCAGCUCGCUUGGAACCAGAGCAGAGCAGGUACGAAAAACUGGUAUCUGACACGAGGUACCGUGCCCGUGGAAACGCAACACAAACCGAGUAGAGUCGAGUCAAGUCGAGUAGAGUAGGGCUAAGACGGGCCUGUGGAAAAGAGCCAUUAGUAACCCCUGCUUUACAGCAUCCUCUCCAAAACCUCCCCUGAACCGCCUGGUAAUGAACUUCUACACAAUCUAUAAGCAACUCUGACCUUUCUAACAUGAGCUACCACCAGCAUACACUGUGCAGAGACCGGGUUUGAUGUUGAAAGAAUCCCCCAUAAUUUAAACACACCGACACAAAAAGGGCGUAACUGGCACUUUAAGGUUUAGAUUCUUCACAUAAAGGUUACUGUGAGAGAAGAGAGGUCAGUGCCUCAUCUCUGCUGCAGGUUCAAAGUGGUUGUAAACAGCAUUUGACUGCAUUACCCAGAUGAGACCCAUUUGAAAUUCUUAUAGCGGCUCCCUCUCCCAUCCAUCUCUUUAACUGAAUGUCUCCGUAAGGUCACGAUGUGAGCUGAGUGACGAGCUGAAAUGUGAAAUCUGACAGUGACAGGAAGUGGUAUCCACAGAAAUGCGACUUGGUGGAAUUCAAAACAGUGGCCCUUGAAGAUAUUAUCCACUGCCGACCCCUCGCAGUAUUUCCUUCGGAAAUUAAAGCUGACAAUGGAGAAAAGGGAGGAGAGAGAAAGGGGAGGGAUUUGGCAAGCAGGAGCAUUCAUUUGCAAAGGCAGUAGGAGGACGAAGCAAGGGCUCAUUCGAAAGGAGCGCAAUGUGACUCAGCACUCACAUGAGCCACCGAAAAACAAGUCUGGGGUGGACAUGCUGUGACAAAAACAAUCACAUAAAAAAAGUCCAUGCCGUGCAAAGACUGUCUUGGCAUGUUUCUGACAGAAUUUCCACACUCAUGGUUUCAACAGCUCGUUUUUCAGUGUUAUGAACCCAAAACAACAAGGCCGGAUUUUCAUCAUGAUUAAUUAAAGAUGCACUGUCUUUAGAGUGAAACAAAGAUUUCUUUUUGCACAAUUUAAACUGGAACACGUUUUUCUAUGUUCCAAAAGGAGUCUUUGUCUUAUCAUUAUGUGAAGGGAAAUUCUCCUCAGUGUGUCUCACACUGAAACACAAUCCAGGUGCUGGAUUAAGCUCCACUUUUUGUAUGUGUUUACAGUAAUUCAAAAUGCAGCUAGCACGGUUUCCCGUCUGGACUGUUCCUUUUUUAAGCAGCAAAAAUAUCCUUGUUUUUUGUGUGAAAAAGUCAUUUUUAACAUUUUCCAUCUCUAAAAUAACUUUUAUUUUUUGAGUAUUUCUAUUUGCUCGUGGAUGUCAUUGUUUUUUUCUGAGUCGAUGUUGUUCUUAUUUCCACUUGAGUCUUCUGGCAUUAGCAGCUGUUGACAGCUCAGCUAAUGGAGGACUGGAUGAUAAGUGGGUCUGCACUGAGAAGCCCUGAGUCUUCAGGAUGUACAGAACACUGGAAUUUAACAUGUUGCCUAGCAACAGUGAAAGCAAGGGAGGGGUCAGGCCUGAGGUUCACGCCUGACAGACAGGGGAGGGAUGGCUCUCCACAAGGGCACCUCACCUUUUAUUUGUAGCAUUGGAGGGAUGACACUGCUAAGGUGACGAGCGUUUUCAGGAGCAGUGGACUGCUGGUGAUCUCUCUGUGGUUUUUAAAGACCCCCCCCCCCUCCCUCGGUAGCACCCAAGUGGGUUGUCGGACACAGCAUGCAAACUAAAACAUGCCUCUGUAGCUCUGCUUCAGUCAUUAUUUCUUACUUCUACUUCCUGUACUUCCUGUCUGAUGCAUUGUGCUUUCCUAAACCAGUUGGUUGAAUAAUUGGCCGUCAGUUCUGUUUUAAUAUGCUCUUUCUGACAGACUUUGCCUUUUUGUACAUAUCUUUGCUCUCAACACUGUUUUUUGAAAGGAUGAAAAAAGAAUGUUUCUAAAGCAGAACACAAUGCCUGAAUUCUGUAUUUGUUAUUGUCGUACACUACUUUCUUUAAACUUUUUAUUUAAAUAAAUUCAUCUCAAAUCCA